UCGCCUCGUAGGCAUUGCUGCGAAGAGUCUGAAAUUGAAUCGAGUAUAUAUUUCCCUUGCCGGUGUGCACUGCUCAUAAUUUUCUGUCCGAGAGAGAAGAUGAGCGAGGCAAGGCCUGUGAAAAGGAGAGAAAGUCCAUGGGGGAUGCCUGAGGGCGAGGAUCGCCAGCCUAAGGCUCACAGAUGCAACGACAGAGCGGAGGAUGUCAUUCAAGCUUGUUUUGAGGGGAACCCAUUUAAGACUGUUCCAGGGCCAUUCAAGCUUUUCUGGCAAUGCAUGCGUUCGAAACCUGGGGAGGAACCAACGGAGCCAUAUACAUAUUUGGACUUGGAUCCUCCAAAGAGAGAGGUGAAACUCGAGUAAGAACUCACUACGCAUACUUUUAAUUCAUGAAUGUUAGAUUUUCAGUUUUGAUAUUUGUCUCUUGUGAAUUUUAAAUCAGAACUCAGACGGUAGGUCAUGCAUUUAAAUGGUUGAUAGGAAAACGGCAAUAAUGAUUACCGUGAAAUAGCUCUGUGAGCUUUUCAACAUUAUUGAAUAUGACAGAAUUGGGUACUGAGUGUUUUUAUUUUU